AGGUUAUACACAUAUGUUAGAUGUGUGGGACAUGCCAGAUGGAGAAUUCAUACUUGUUGAAGUAGAUCCUUUGGGUAAUCCCAUGGGUUGGGAAGGGAAAACUUUAUUAAAUGCAAUAGGGAGCUUGGUAAGGAGACAUCAAUGUGCUCCUAUCAAUUAUCUUAGCUGGAAGGACAUGCCUGAGGACUAUAUUGUUAAUAUGCUUGAAUUGAUUCAGAGUAAAUUUCAAUUUGUUCCUGAAUUGACUGAACAAGCAAAGGAAGUACUAAAGGAUAACAUGAGUAUGAAGUGGAGGCAAUUUAAGUAUGAUUUGAAAUCAAAAGGAUAUGAUGAGAGUCAAACUGAGGAGGAAAUGUUUUCUCAUAUUCCUGAUUCAAGGGUUGAUCCUUCUCAAUAUCGUGAUUUGCUACAUUAUUGGUGUUCUGAGAAAGGGCGGAAAAUAAGUGACAUCAACAAAAGGAGUCGCUCGAAGUAUGAAGACUUACACUGCAUGGGAACUAAGAAUCUUUCGAGACUAGUUCAUGAGAUGACAAUAAAGGCUAAAGGAGUGCAACCUUCUCGAGCACAAAUUUAUAUAAACACUCGAACCCGACAAAAUGGAAGCAUUGUUACAGAAAAAGCUGCUACUGUAAAACUUAUAGUGAUAGGCUAUUAG